GUGCCUUUCCCUUUUCAGGCUUCAGGCCUUUAAACAGACAGGACCGACCCUGCCCGUAGUUGUAACCCCAAUCAACUUCAAAGAGUGUUCAUAGUGGCACAAGAUUCCUAGACCUCGAGCAAGGAGGAAGAGGCACAUUAUGAAGACAAAGAAGCCAUUGUCAGCACUCAAACUCUCCAUUCCUACUGAAGGGACCAACAUUUCCAGCUUCCUGACCGCCAGUGGGACAUUUCACGAUGGAGACUUGCUUUUGAAUCAGAAAGGUCUCAGAUUAGCUUCCCUCGAGAAUGAAUCUCUGCCUUCAGAAACAAAGGAGAUUGACCUUCAGUUCUCUUUGGAAGAUCUUGAGACAAUCAAAGUAAUUGGAAAGGGAAGUGGGGGUGUAGUUCAACUUGUUCGCCAUAAAUGGGUUGGCACUUUGUUUGCUUUGAAGGUUAUUCAAAUGAAUAUACAAGAGGAAAUUCGUAAACAAAUUGUGCAAGAGCUGAAAAUAAACAAAGCAUCACAGUGUUCACAUGUAGUGGUUUGCUAUCACUCUUUCUAUCACAAUGGAGCUAUUUCUCUGGUGUUUGAGUACAUGGAUCGCGGAUCACUGGCAGAUGUAGUAAGACAAGUUAAGACUAUUCUCGAACCAUACCUCGCAGUUGUUUGCAAGCAGGUCUUGCAAGGUCUUGUCUACUUGCAUCAGGAGAGGCAUGUAAUCCACCGAGACAUUAAACCUUCAAAUCUGCUGGUGAAUCACAAAGGAGAAGUAAAAAUUACAGAUUUCGGUGUGAGUGCAAUGCUUGCCAACUCUGUGGGUCAAAGAGACACAUUUGUCGGGACUUGCAACUACAUGGCGCCUGAAAGAAUUAGUGGGAAAACAUAUGACUAUAAGAGUGACAUCUGGAGUUUGGGCAUGGUGAUUCUUGAGUGUGCUAUUGGACGCUUCCCUUACAUACAGUCUGAAGACCAGCAGAAGUGGCCAAGUUUUAUUGAACUUCUGCAAUCAAUUGUUGGAAGUCCUCCACCUACUGCUCCGCCGGAUCAGUUUUCUCCAGAGUUCUGUUCAUUUGUCUCUGCCUGCAUACAAAAGGACCCAAAUGACAGAUCUUCGGCUUGGGACCUCUUGAGUCACAGUUUCAUUAAGAAGUUUGAAGACAAGGACAUUGAUCUCAGCAUCUUGUUUGGUAGCCUCGAACCUCCAGUGAAUUUCACACGCUAAUUGUGUUUGUGUGUGCAAUAUGAUCUUUGUUCGUGUGCACUGAGUCGGUGAUUGAGCUUUGUGUGUUGUAUCUUUUUUUAAAACUUAGUUUCUAUUGAUUUUUAUUUUUUGAUGUGUAAUAUGAAAUAUGUAAUCCGCUAAUCCCUGAUAUUGCUGUCUUUUUACUCUGUUUUUUAAACUAAAUUAUACAGAGUAUAUAUUUGUAAUGCAAUGAGAUGACAUUGAAAUAACCAGAUUAUCUCCUAGUUUGGAGAGUUCAAGCUGUCUUUACAUCCAUAACU